AUGACAGGCUGGGCAGAAGCCCGCAACCCUGACGGAAUGAAGAAGUGCCUGGCCUAUCAGAUCACACAAGCUGCGCCCAGCAUCGAGUUCCUGCCGGAGGAUUUGAGGGGCCCGCUGCAAAUGCUCUCACGCAACCCGUUGGCGCUUAUGCCUGGUCCGCUACAGACCAUGGCGACUGUUGGCGAGACCCUGAACGACUGCACCGACAAGAAGUCGCACAAUCAGCUGCUCGAAUGCUUCGGCUUCAGGAUUUUGGAGCACACGUCCCGGCUUAAGUUUCUGUUGCGACUGAAGGAGGUCAUGGCUCGUUAUGUCGAAGUCUUCGUGCAGAUCGGUAACAAGAUGAUGGAGAGGGCCAUGGAGGAGAACCCAACUUUGUUGCAGACCGCUGUCCACUCCAAGUUCGGAGCUCUCGGCGACCGCCCGAUCGUACACCACUCAAGCUCAACCCUUGAGAUCAAAACCUAUGUGCAGAGGCCCGAGUUCCUGCAGCAGAAGGCCCAGUCUCGGCAUGAACGUGGCGACGACAGGUGGACGGAAUUCGGAUGGCAAAUAGGCGGCUAUGGCCCUCAGACCGCUUCGCUCAUCACCCAAUUCAACGGGAGGGAGAAGUCAACGGGAUCCUGCCUAGCCUUCGCCCCGAGGACGCGAACUGGCACUGACCAGCAGGCGACUGAGGCAGACUGGCAGGUGGAGAACGAAGACGACUUCCUACAGCUGGAGCCUUAUGCCGUGCCCUGCAGUAAUGCUUGGAUGCAGCAAAACUGGAACAAGUGGCAAGGGUAUUCCUUCUACACGUGGCCCACGCAAGUGGAGAAGUGCAUCACGGUCAAUUUCAACAUCGCCAUUCAGCCCGUGGUCGCUCUGAUCGGCGGCAUUCAGUUCAAAGUCUUGCCUGAUCCUUUGGCACAACUGAGCACGAUGGUCUGCUGGCCCAAUGGACAGCCUGGUGGGGUGGACCUCAGCGUGCUGCGCUCGCAGAUCAGCUGUGGCAACGUGAUGGUUUUCAGCCGAACGCUGCGCCUGGCGAAGCGCUUCGGAGAUUUCACGGACUUUGUGAACGAGAACAUCAAUGGGGGUUUUCAGACUUGGCGCAGCGCCUUUGGUGUUGGCUACGCCAGUGGGGCGGCGGAGAACUUGAACGUGGACCCGCGCUACAAGGCCGUGCGCAGUCAGUUUGGCCCUCCCGAAGGCGAGAGCUCAACAGGCAUCGAUUCCAUGGCGAGGUCAGCAUUUCUUCAGGCAAUCAGAGCCAGGGAGAGCGAGGCACAUACCGAUGAUCUCUACCUCGUUGAAGGCAACGACUUGUACCUGCAGACGUCUCUGGGCUUCGGGCCAUACCAGAGCGGGGUAAGGAGGAUUCCUUUGGCCAACAUCGCCCACCAGCUGCAGCUAGCCGGCUGA